GAUAGAUUUAGCUUUUCCGGCUUUCUCCCCAAAAUGGCGAAAAGUAGAGCAACGGACUCCUUCAUGCUUUUCUUUUCAUCCAGUAUUAAAUUGCUCCACUACGAUGAUCAUCGAUUCUAUGAAAAGAACAAUGGCGGAUGCAAGAGCUACUGUGUUUGUUGCUGCUGUUUUACUUUCUGUGAUCUCAGGUAUUAAUGGAAGUUCAGCUCCCGCAGCCUCGCGCUGCAAUUUCCCUGCAAUUUACAACUUCGGCGAUUCAAAUUCUGAUACUGGUGCAAUAUCAGCAGCAUUUUGGCCGAUUCCUCCGCCGUAUGGUGUAACCUAUUUUCGAAAGCCUUCAGGAAGACACUCCGAUGGCCGUCUUAUCAUAGACUUCAUUGCGGAACGGUUAAGGCUGCCGCUUUUGAGCUCCUAUCUCGAUUCCAUAGGCACAGAUUUUCGGCAUGGCGCAAAUUUUGCUACCGCAGGAUCGCCCAUUCGUAGGCAGAACGAAACGAUAAUGGAUGGCGUGAGUCCAUUCUCACUGGAUAUUCAAACUUCGCAGUUUGCUCAAUUCAAAGAUCGGACCACUGAACUACAUCGUCAUGCUGCAAGGUAUUGUGAUACAAUGACACUCCCAAACCCUAAGGAAUUCUCCAGGGCUCUCUAUACCCUUGACAUUGGCCAGAAUGACCUCGUUGUUGGUUUCAGGAAGCUGACUAUGCCUCAAAUUAAGGCUCAAAUUCCUGAUAUUAUUAAUCAGUUUGCUGCUGCCGUUGUUAAUUUGUACCAAAAAGGGUCAAGAGCUUUCUGGAUUCACAAUACGGGACCCAUUGGAUGUUUGCCAGGAACAAGAAUGUAUUUCAGAAGCAAACAGCCUGGACUUUUCGACAGCCAUGGAUGCAUCAGAGGUCACAAUGCCAUUGCUCUUGAGUUCAACCGGCAGCUCAAAGCUCGGGUCGCAUUGCUCAGGGCUCACCUUCGUCAUGCUUCCCUUGUCUACGUCGACAUCUACUCUGCUAAAUAUCACUUGAUAAGCAAUGCCAAAGUCUAUGGAUUCGAUGACCCGAUGAAGAUAUGCUGUGGGCAUCACAAGGACAACGUGCACGUAUGGUGCGGACAGAGAGUGAGGAUCAACGGGACGGAGGUGGUUGGGACGGCGUGCAGCGCGCCACGGACAUGCAUAAGCUGGGAUGGGGUUCACUACAGCGAAGCAGCUAAUGAAUGGAUUGCCACGCGCAUCCUUAACGGGUCCUAUUCUGAUCCCCCUCUGCCCAUAUCUAAUGCAUGUUCUUAAGAACACUAUACAAAAAAAGAGAGCAUGUCCUCUUCUUUUUCAAAUGAAAUUGCAAUGGAAAUUAUUAACUAUUCCCUAAAUUUGUGAAUUUAUUUUCGUUACGACGCCAUUGUUAAAGUUGACAAAAUUAAUAAUAAUUUA